AUGUCCUGCUCUACACAUUGUGCGCCGAACUGCAUAUCUCGCCAGCCUCCUGGAAACGAUGUUGUGGAGGACCCUCCAAGGAAGAAUGCAGGUCGGACAUAUCCUGUGGCGGAUCCUGUCGACCUUCAACUCAAUUGGCAAACAAUUGCCGUGCGGCAUGCCUGGCGGAAAGCUGCUGAGAUGGGUGAUGCAGGAAUAGGACCUCCACUUCCUGUGAAGGGUUUGCACGAAGAGGCCGGCGAUUUAGUCGAGUCUCAGAGAGAAAAUAAGCGGAGCGAGACAGCCAAGGCAAGACCGGUUGAGCCCGCAGAGCAGCCUCAGAGCAAAGCACGAGCCCUAGCAUGGGAUAGUUCGUGCUUUUCUCAGCGCAUUUAUCUCAGUGUUUUGAGGAGGAUGAAGCACAAUGCUUGUCUCAGCCUCCAGGAGAGGGAACCUCGUCAUGUGAGCACAUGCCUACGCGUUCAUUCUUGUGACAAGGCGAUGUCUUCAAAAUCUGAGAUCUGA